UUUGAGGAUAACCCCAAGAGAAACCAAGAAGAAGAGGUGACAGUUGACAGUCCACUUAUUUGCGUAGAAAGAUGGAGGAUACAGAUGAUACUGAUCUGGAGACAUCAGGAGGAACCCAGGAGGACACGUCAUCGGAAAGUGUAGCAUCUGCUACUGUAGAGGAUGAGGAGGAGUUUGGAGGACCGGUGUUCUCUCCUCCUCUCUACAGACAGAGAUAUCAGACUGUCGCUGAUCUGGUCAAAAAGUACAGGCCAAGAAGGUUGGUGGACUUCGGAUGUGCAGAAGGAAAACUGAUACGAUUUCUUAAACCAGAGGAAAGUCUUGAGCAAUUGAUAGGUAUUGAUAUAGAAGGAGAAAUACUGGAGUCCAUACAGGGGGUCAUCAGGCCCCUGCUGUCCGACUAUGUGCAGCCCCGACAGCGCCCGUUCACCGUGGGUCUGUACCAGGGAUCCAUCGCUGAGUGUGACGACAGGUUCAGGGAGUACGACAUGGUCACAUGUGUGGAAGUGAUUGAGCAUCUUGACCCUCCAAUACUUGAUGCCAUGCCGUCCAACGUGUUUGGCCACAUGAGGCCGUCUGUGGUGGUGGUCACCACUCCCAACGCAGAGUUCAACGUCCUCUUCCCAAACUUCAGCGGCUUCCGCAACGCUGACCACAGGUUCGAGUGGACAAGACAGGAGUUCCAGGAUUGGGCAGAAGGUGUUGCUCACCGGUUCAGCUAUGCUGUGACGUUCCAUGGUAUCGGUACAGGACCUGAGGGUUCUGAACACCUGGGCUGCUGCACACAGAUGGCCAUAUUUGAAAGACUACAGACCUCCCAUGACCAGAACUCUGAUGUUAUGUGGGGCACACCUUACAAACUGAUAGCAGAAGCGGUCUUCCCAUACAGAGAGAACACAUUAUCCCAGGAGCAGCAGAUCCUACAAGAAGUGCAGUACUACAUCAGACAGAUCAUUCAGCGGAGAGUCCAUGGGGAGGAAGAAGAAGAUGAUGAUAACGAAGACGCAACUUCUCCUCAGGAAGUUUCAAUUCCUCUGGACAUUCUGAUGAAGUUCCAGGGUUUGAAGAGAGUUUGUCCUGACGUUCAGAGUUUACAGUCUGCUUUAGUGGGUUCAGAUGAUGUGAAACUCAGCCAGGACAAAACUGCUGUGGUCUGCUGUAUGGACAAAACCGAAAACAAUGAUGAUGAUGAUGAUGAUUGUUACAGUGAGACUUCAGGUAGUUCUGGUGGGAUGUUCGAUGAUGCGGAGGAAGACGAAACACAGCAUAACGUUGACUACAGUAGAACAGACACUGGGAGGUCUACAGUACAUGUACCUCUGCCAUGUGAAGAGGACUGGGUUUAAUAUCAGGUAGUUCUGGUGGGAUGUUCAAUG